ACCCCCCCACCACCGAUGGACGCCGCAACCGCCGUGACGGCGACCGCCGGGGCGGCGGCGGCGAUGGUGUGGUUCCGGAAGGGGCUCCGCGUGCACGACAACCCGGCCCUGGAUGCGGCCCGGCGCGGCGCCGCGCGGGUGUACCCGGUGUUCGUCCUCGACCCGCGGUACCUCCGCCCGGACCCCGCCGCGCACUCCCCGGGCUCCGCGCGCGCCGGGGUCGCGCGCGUGCGCUUCCUCCUCGAGAGCCUCAGCGACCUCGACGCCGGCCUCCGCCGCCUCGGCUCCCGCCUGCUUCUCCUUCGCGCCCGCGACGACGUCCCCGACGCCCUCUGCGCCGCCCUCAGGGACUGGAACAUCGGCAAGCUGUGCUUCGAGGCCGACACCGAGCCGUACGCGCUGGCCCGCGACAAGAGAGUCACGGAUUUCGCGGCUGCCUUGGGGAUCGAGGUGUUCACGCCUGUCAGCCACACCCUUUUCGAUCCUGCAGAAAUCAUAGAGAAGAAUGGGGGACGGCCGCCAUUGACAUAUCAAUCGUUUCUGGCCAUCGCCGGGGAGCCACCCAAGCCGGUAAUGGCGGAGUACUCUGAGCUCCCACUGAUUGGUGACACCGGGGAGUACGAGCUGUUGCCCGUGCCCAAAUUGGAGGAGCUUGGGUAUGGUGAUAUCAGCCAGGAGAACAUUUCACCUUUCCGUGGCGGGGAGACAGAAGCUCUGAAGAGGAUGAGAGAGUCACUACAGGAUAAGGAGUGGGUUUCCAUGUUUGAGAAACCUAAGGGCGACCCCUCUGCCUUCCUAAAACCCGCGACAACGGUCUUGUCGCCGUAUCUGAAAUUUGGUUGCCUAUCUUCGAGGUAUUUUUACCACUGCAUUCAAGAAGUUUACCGGAGUACCAAAAAGCACACAAAACCACCUGUUUCGUUGACUGGCCAGUUGCUAUGGAGAGACUUCUUCUAUACAGUGUCUUUUGGCACUCUUAGUUUCGAUCAUAUGAAAGGAAACAAAAUAUGCAAACAGAUUCCAUGGAGACAGAAUGAGGAGUUGUUUGUUGCAUGGAGAGAUGGCCGAACAGGAUAUCCAUGGAUUGAUGCUAUCAUGAUUCAGCUGAGGAAGUGGGGUUGGAUGCAUCAUCUUGCACGCCACUCUGUUGCUUGUUUCCUGACGCGGGGUGAUCUGUUUAUCCACUGGGAGAAAGGUCGUGACGUCUUCGAAAGGCUACUGAUAGACUCUGACUGGGCUAUCAACAACGGCAAUUGGCUGUGGCUAUCCUGUUCAUCCUUCUUCUACCAGUAUCACAGAAUCUACUCCCCAAUAUCAUUCGGAAAGAAGUAUGAUCCCAAUGGAGACUAUAUCCGGCAUUUCAUCCCAGUGCUGAAAGACAUGCCAAAGGAGUACAUCUACGAGCCUUGGACUGCACCCCUCAGCGUCCAGGAGAAAGCCAGGUGCAUUGUUGGUAGAGACUACCCAAAACCAGUAGUUGAUCAUGAGGCUGCAAGCAAAGAAUGUAGGAAGAGGAUGGGUGAAGCGUACGCCUCGAAUCGUCUUGGCGGUAACACCGUCAAUGGAAAGACCUCAGAAUCGUCGCGAAGAAAGUCUUCUGAUGGCGGCCAAGAUGCCUCCGAUUUAUCUAAGUCGAAGCAACCGAAAAGGAGGAGCUGAGCCCAGAGCAGCGGAGACAAUUAGAACUUGUAGAAUCUGACUUAGACACUGACCUCUAUAAUCUUUGGAUGCCUGUAUGUAUCGGCUUCUCCGGCCUCCUGGUUCAUUCGGUUCUGUUACUUUUUUCAGAAAAGUCAUGAUAAAAAAAAGAACAUUCUGAACAUUCUGAAUCCAAGUUCAGUUUACUUUUUUCAGAAAAGUCA